GGGGUAGCAGGGGUGUCUCUUCAGACAUGCUAUAUGCAGUAAAUGUUGGGUCACACUCUCCCCCUACCAAGACUCACCAUUACUUUUAGAAUAGUCUAACCGAUUUCCCGCCCGUUUGAAACUCCAGCCAUCUGGAAAUGCAACGCACUGGGUUGAGUUCAGGAACCAAGCAGAUAGGCUUAAUAUUUUGCUUAAAUACCCAGACACUAUACCCGUUCUCCACUCAACCAUCUUUACAAAUCCUCCGGCGCACGCAAAAGGCCCUGGCAAUGGGCCCGCGUCGCAAAACAUGGCUGGACAACGGCCGAGAGCAUAUUCACACCACCACGCGUUUGAUGGUAUCAAAGUAGGCGAUCAGGGGGGCCAGGAGUGGUGCAAAGGAUUCUUGGACGUCUCCGGGAUAUACGGCAUCGCUGGGCCUACCAACUUAUACGGCUUUGUCCAAUAAACUUGCACAUCUCAUCACCAGGGGGGAGGCAGGUUAUGGUAUCUACGGAUACUUGGUGGUCUCACCCUUAUGCCAUCCAAGAGAAUGAUGAAACCAAAUGUCAUCUCAAGUUCUGCAUCGUCGGUCAGUCCGUGUGUUGGGCACCGGCUUGAUCCAGAUAUCCACCCUUGCUCUGGACCUGGGCGGCUACGUAGAUUUCGAGUAUAUCAUUAGACUGAUCGGCCGGCUCUAUCUCUACAUGUUUUGUUUCUCUCGCCACACACGAAGCUAUUGUAGUUUGCGCCAGUGACGCUCCUUCUCGUCUCACUUUUUUCUUCAUUCGUUCAUUUCUCUUCUUGAUAGAGCUGUGCUCUCCCUAUUCUUUGAUACCCUUUCAACAUGAAGCUCUUCAGCACCAUUGUUCUUCUUUUCGCCGGCCUGGCCUCGGUCCAGGCCCAAAACAACACCGCAGAGGCCACUGCUUCGGCUUCGACCACAGCUUCCAGCACCGAAGUUGCAGCAUCGCAGUCGGCUACCUCGACGAGCAGCUCUACAAGCAGUUCGGCCAGCAGCUCCGCGACACCGAACCUCCAGGACCUCCUCAACAACCUGGGCGGCGGGCUCAACAACGUUGGCAAUAUCAACUUCAACAACCGCAACGACGUCAUCAACGCCAUCGGCCUGCUGAUGAACCAGCUCUGCGUCGGCAACCUCUUCAACGGCAACCUGCUCGCGGGCUUGGGGUCCAACCAGCAGCUCCAGCUCCUGUUCCAGCUCGACCAGCUGAACCAGCUCAACAGGCUCGGGCUUCUGAACAACUUCGACCUCCAGGGCAUCUUCAACAGGGGCUUCGGCGGCGUCAACCUGGGUGGCGGCGUCGUCAGGGGGGCCAACGGCUUCAACAGGGGUGGUUUCAACUUUGCUGGCUUCAAGCGCGCAAUCGGCGAUGCCAUGGCGAAGCUCGACGCAAACCCUGAACGACGCAGUGUCAACGUUAAGAGACAGCAGCGUCUGUGCAACGCCGCCGGAGUCGUCACUGGAGUCGCUGGCAGGAACGGAGGCAGGGCUCGCCAGACAUCUUCCACUACCACUACCACUGCGGCACAAGCAACAGCGACGGCUGAAGCAGAGGCGGAGGAAGAGGAAGAGGAGCAAUAGAGGGAGGUUCUGCUUUAGAGUAGCAAUGUGAACCAAGACGGACAAAGGUGCCGAGUUCCGGGAGCCGCGUCACCAAAACCCCACAAAAAAGACCACCCCGAUCUUCUUUUCUACUGUAGUGUAUGUAUAUGGAGCACAAUUAUUAGUUCUAGUUGCGCAAAUAUGAUAUAGUAUUC